GGGCGAGUCCUUGAUGGAGGGGGUCUCGGAGGUGUCGCGGGGAAAAUGUUGGACAAUACGGCUCCAAUGGCAAAGUCGGAGGCAUCAAUGGUGACAUAGAAAUGGCGAGUGGGGCCAGCGAUCUUGAGGACAGGGGCCAUGGUGAUGGUUUGCUUGAGGAAGUCGAAAGCGUGUUGGCGACGAUCAUUCCAAUUGAAGGGCUCGUCCUUGCGUGUGAGUUCGGGGAGAGGGACUUGGCGAAUGUGUUGAAGGUGGGACUGGAAGGUGGGGCUAAAGAUGAGGAUGUCAUCAAGGUACACGACGACACAGACUUCGAGGAGGUCACGAAAGAUGUGGUUCAUGGUGGACUGGAAUGUGACGGGGGCAUUGGUGAGUCCGAAAGGCAUUACGAGGAUCUCGUAGUGCUCGAACUGAGAGCGGAAUGCGGUCUUGUGGGUGUCCUCGCGGAUACGGAUCUGGUGGAAGCCACUGUGGAGGUCGAUCUUGGUGAAAUAUUUGGCUCCACAGAGGCGAUCAAGAAGUUCAUAUAUCUGGGGGAGUGGGUGGUGAGGGACGCGCGGAUGUCCGUUUGGAAAGAGGACAUCAUGCGAAUGAGGGUGGCGAUAUCGGUGGCAACGGGCUCAGAUCUUUGUUCGCCCGUAAGUUUGCGAGCGAGGCUGUCAAUAGACUGGGUAUUGAUGGCAAGCAUAUCGAUGCUGGAGGAUUGGGCCAUGUUGGGGGAAGAUGGAGUGGAUGCGGUGGCUGAGGCAACGGCUGCGGAUGAGGUGGAGGCAGACGCGGCGGCAGCGGCGACGGUGGCGGCGGCUGCGCGUUGGGAGGUCUUGGUUUGGUGUGGUGGCAUGUGGAGAUUUGGGAGUGGCAGGGGGAGGGGGGGGGGGGGGGGGGGGGGAAGGUAUUUACAACAUUAAUUGAUUUAUUCAAAAAUAAGUAAAGAUAUUUGCCAAAGCAAUAAAUGAAUAAAAUGGGAAUUA